AAGGGAUUUUUUCCAACAUUUUUCUCAAAUCUUGUGUGAAUCUUAAUGCAAACAAAAACCUGACAUAUUUAGGUGGCUGUUAUGGUUUCGUGCGUACAAUUUGGUUCAGAUCCAAAUAAUACAACUGAAUUAAAUUGACUGUUGAGCCUUAGUGGAGGUAUGUGCUCUAUUGAGCGCCAUUCUAGUUUGAAAUAGUUCACAGAAAGUGUUAUAAAUGGAAGAAACUGUCAGAAAAAGCUUUAGAUUACUGCAGUAUUUAUAAACCUUUUGACAAAUACAGCAGUGUUGUAUCCUGACAGCUACUACCCUAAAAUCUGUAGACAUUCGGUAUCAUUUGGACAGAUGACACCCAACCUGAAAUGAUUCACUGCCAUCCUUGCAAAUGCAUUGCACAAUCUCUGAUUUAUAACUCUAGAUACAGAGUUCAUCUUUCCAAAAGUCCAAAUGAAGAAGCUGCAACAUUUACAUCAACUCCAUCCCAAUGGAAUAACGACAAAGCAAAAUGUUCUUGAAUACAGAUCUCACACAAACAAAUGUACAUCAGAGGGCAACACUAGAAACCUCAGAGCACCUGGAGUAUCAGAGUGAUAAAGUGUGAGGGCUGGGCCACAGGUGGAGACAGGGACAGGAAAGGGAAGAGCCACACUCUCGAUGGGUGUGGCCACAUCAAGUGAGGAUAAGUUAGGUAAAAGGUGCAGCAUGUGUCCCAGUGCACAUCUUUGACUGAAGAAGACACCGCUGACACUACGUACACAGACUUGCGGGCCCCAGUGGAGGGGCUGCUUGUCUCCUGGUCAGUGCAGGAGGGGGUAUCGGCUCAUCAGAUAGAUUAAGCUCAGGGGGCUUUAGGAGCAAACAAGCUGCUUUUCACAGAAGGACCACCGGCACCAUGAGAGCUGUCCAGUACUGUCCACUGCUCCUGCUUACCCUGGUCCUGCUAACAACCAACAGUGAGGCUCUGCGAUGUUUUACCUGUAUGGGCUCCAACAACGAGGACUGCAACCGACAAGGCUCCAAAUCGUGUCCCAGCUACUCUGACGCUUGCGCUGUAGUGGUGGGCCAUGACAGUGAGUCCAACCGUGACAGUGGGGUGAUGAAGUCAUGCUCCUACAAGUCUUUCUGCAGUCAGGCCAACAGCCAGGGCUACAGGGCGCCGGGCGUCAGAGUCAACUGCUGCUACAGCAACGACUGCAACGUGACAAGCUUCGCCUCGUCACUGCAGGGACUCAACUAUCUGCUGCUGCUCCUGCCUCUGUUGUUCCACUGCUUUUUCAAGUAGAUGUUUCGGCACAACUUCAUCGUGCCAACAAGUAUCCACCUGAAAGUCUCAACGCCGACCACUGUUGUUCUCAGUCAGUCCCCCCCCUCCAAAAAGCCAAAUAACGCUGCGUAAUUUGAAGCUACACCUCUUGUCCUACUUUCCACCACUGCACUCCACUCAACGUAUACACUGACAUCCCAGAGUUGCUGAAGAGCUUGAGGUGCUAGGUGUGACUGCUUGGAUUAUAUGCACCAUGUUGGAUUGAAUCCAUUAAGCGGUGCUCAAGUAGAUGCGACUUUCAGUGGAUUUCGCUAAGCCAAUAAGUAGAGGAUCCUGAGGGAAGUGCUGAAAUAACAGGCAGAGAUCAUUUAUUAUUUGCUUCUUACAUUAAAGAGAGGAGAGAUGCUGUUCGAGUUCUUUUAGUUCUUUUCAUUUGCUCAACAAACCGUUUGUGCAGUUACAGAACAAUAGGCUCGAGAAUCUCAUUGACUUUUCGCUUUUCACCUUUAAAGUCACAUUUCUGCCGAAUCUGUUGUCUCUUUUCUUACCAAAGUACCCACAUGCCAAAGUUAUUCCAGCAGAGCUUGUGCUGUAGGAGAUGCCAGUGCGGCUAAAUGUGGCACCAAUAGUUCAGUCAGCAUGUCGUUACAUCAUCAGCCCCUCCACCUGUCAAUCACACAUCUGACGAGCAGUGCAGGAUAACUUGGGAGGUUGCGAGGAAACACUUCUCACACUCCGCAAAUCCACAUAAGCCUUGUACAUGGCCAGGCACGUUACACUGAUGAGGUUAGUCCAGUGCGUUUGAAGUCACUUAAAGAAUUACUGAGUUUAUAAACAGAGUGAGUACGAGCACACCUCAACACAGGUUGAGGCCUGUACUCUAUAAGUUGAGGCUACUGUACAUAUUGUAUAGAAAAUGUCUGUGAAUGACAAUCCAUACUGUUUACUGAGGGUUUUAUUUUUUUGGGAAGUUAUUUUGUGAUAUACAUUAAAUCUAUAACCUGCAGAAGUUACAAUAAUCUAUAUAUCGUAAUAAGUUCUAUAGCAUAAACUGCACACUCUAAUCUUAUAGUGUGUGCCUUCUGUUCCUUGUUUUUAUGUACAUUUCUCCUUGUAGAUUAAAUUUAAAAUUCUAAUGUAAUUUGAACAAAAAUAAACUAAAUGUCCAUAUUUUGCCCAUUGUAUAUAUGAAAUUGUAGGUAAAUGUAUUCGACUACUGAAUGACACAAUGGAGUCAAUGUAGGAUGUGCCGACUAAUUCUUUUUAAUUCAAUGUAAAUGCAAACAAU